AAAUCCCUCCAGCAGCACGCUCUCGGAGGUUCGAGUCCACGGUCGCCCACACUUCGCCCAACCCUCCCUCCCUCAUUCUCCUGGUUGCCGUCCUUUAUAUUUUUUUAAAUCUGGGAGUCGUGACCGCACACCAUGACGCUUUUUAUCUUGACGGAAACAAGCGCGGGCUAUGCCCUGCUCAAAGCUAAGGACAAGAAGCUUCUGAAGCGUGAUGACCUUACUACUGAGGCUUCCACGGCAGAGGGUGUCUCUAAUCUCCUUAAGUUGAAGAGCUUUCAGAAGUUCGACAGCGCUACUGCAGCUCUAGAGGAAGUUGCUUCCGUCGUUGAAGGAAAGGUUACCCCUCGCCUUGCCAACCUCCUCGAUGAGAUUAAAGAUGAGAAGAAGGUCUCCCUGGCCGUUGCCGAUCCCAAGCUAGGAAAUGCCAUUGGCAAACUUCCUGGUCUUGAUAUCUCAUUGAUUGCCGACUCCACGACCGCCGACAUCUACCGCGCGAUCCGUGAACAUCUUCCCACGCUGAUUCCCGGCCUUCUUCCCCAGGACAUGUCCACCAUGUCCCUGGGUUUGUCCCACUCUCUCGCUAGACACAAGCUCAAGUUCUCUCCCGACAAGAUUGAUACUAUGAUCGUUCAGGCUAUUGGUCUGUUGGAUGACCUAGACAAGGAACUGAACAACUACGCUAUGCGUGUGAAGGAAUGGUACGGAUGGCAUUUCCCCGAACUUGCCAAGAUCCUCAACGACAACAUCGCCUACUCAAGACUUGUCCUCAAGAUGGGUAUGCGAGCCAACUUUGAAUCAUCCGAUCUCACAGAGAUCCUCCCUGAAGAGAUUGAGGCCGCUGUGAAGGCUGCGGCAGACAGGUCUAUGGGUACAGAAAUCAGCGAGGAAGAUUUGGAGAACAUCCAAGCCCUCGCUGAGCAGGUUAUCGGCUUCUCCGACUACCGCUCGCAACUCGCCGGCUACAUCACCGCGCGUAUGAACGCCAUUGCCCCCAACUUGACUGCCUUGGUUGGUGACCUUGUCGGUGCCCGACUCAUUGCCCACGCUGGUAGCUUAACCAACCUGUCCAAGAGCCCUGCCAGUACUCUCCAGAUUCUUGGUGCCGAGAAGGCGCUCUUCCGUGCUCUGAAGACCAAGCACGACACGCCCAAGUACGGUUUGAUCUACCACGCCUCUCUGAUUGGCCAAGCCACCGGAAAGAACAAGGGUAAGAUGGCUAGAGUGCUGGCUGCCAAGGCCUCUCUCGGUCUCCGUGUCGAUGCUCUGGCUGAAUGGGAUGAUGAUGUCGCUGAGGAGGACAAGUCUGCUCUCGGUACCGAGGCCCGGUUCAACCUCGAGAGGAAGCUGGCUGCCUUAGAAGGCAAGCCGCUCAAGCCGCGCGGUGUGGCCAUCGGUCCUAACGGCGCCACUGCUCAACCCGGAAAGUUCAACAUCAGCGAAGCACGGAAAUACAACCCCGACGCUGACGCUGUGGAUGAGGACGAGGCUACACCCGCUAAGAAAAAGCUCGUCCAGGAGGUUGAAGACGAGGAGAUGGCUGAUGCUGACUCUGAUGAGGAGCCUGUCGUUAACGGUGCUGACUCUGACUCAUCCGAGGAGGAAUCAACCAAGAAGUCCAAGAAGAGCAAGAGCAAGGAUUCAGAGAUUGAGAAGCUAGCCGAAAAGGCUGGUCUCAGCGUCAAGCGGUACAAGCGGAAGCUCGAGCGAGGCGAGAUCCAGUUCGAUGCGGCCGGAGCUCCCAGCUCAGUGAGCAAGAAGGAUUUGAAGAAAGCUAAGAAGGAGGCCAAGAAGGCCGCCAAGGGCGACGAGAAGAAGCGCAAGCGAUCAGACGAGAAUGAAGACGCGGACGGCAAGAAGAAGAAGAAGAAGAGGGACGACUAAGGGACAUCUAAAAAAAAGUUUUACUAUUUGAGACGGAUCUCUUUUUUUCUUCUGUAUGAUAUCACACCAUGUGGGUUGAUUUUCCUGUGAUUUAUUCUCUUGGUCUUAUUGCAAUGUUUGGGUGGCAUUAGGAGGGAUAUUACUUUUUGGUCCCUCCCGGCGCAUUGAAGGUGUCGUCAGUUUAUCUUCCAAGUUAAUACAAGUGUUGGACUUCAAAUUUUCGGCCAUUUAAACCAAUCUACUUACCAGUUUGUUACUCCACCGUAUCUAUACUUUUUUUUUUUUUUUUUUUUUUUCAAGAUGGCUACCCUCCUU